AUGGGAAUGAAGUGGGCCGAUCGAAGAGAAAGUUGCGAGGACGAGAACUUCAAAAUUCUUUUAUUUGCAAUCAAUCUAUUGCAAAGACGUAAAAGGCAACAGGGCCCAACGUCCACUGCGAAACUUGCAUGGUGUUGUAUUGAAUUCCUGAAUCUGGACGAUGCAUCAGUUUCGCCGUUUAGACCCGGACAGUCAAUCCAUAACGUUGCCUAUCUUCACCCCAUUCUGGAUUUUAUAAUGUUUGAACAGAUCACUGCUGUUCGUGCAUUCGUUCACAUCUCGUUGCUCUGUCCAGAAAUGAAUUUUGAAGUAACAGCACUAGUAGCAGUAGCAACAACAACGGCAACGACAGCAAAAGCAGCAGCAGCAGCAGCAGCAGUAGCAGUAGCAGUAGCAGCAGCAACAACAGCUUGA